AUGUCACCCAUCUCAAUUGCUCUUGGGUUUAUUGCCCUGAUAGCGUGCUGCCAGUUAAUAUGGACUCGGUAUCGAAGACACUUGAGCUCCAUCCCUGGCCCAUUUGUGGCCAGCUUCAGCAAUCUUUGGAAGGUUGCAGCCGUCUACUGUGAGGACAUGCCGGGGUGGAAUAUAGGAGUCCAUGAAAAGUACGGGCCAGUCGUACGAAUUGGCCCAAGUCACGUAUCUUUCAGCAGUCCAGAGGCUUUUCAGACUAUUCAUGCCUCAAGGCAAGCAUUUGCUAAGACAAAUUUCUAUGAAGUAGGCGCUCCACCUUAUCAUGGUGAGCUCCUUGAAAACCUUUUUUCUCUCAGAGAUACACAACGCCACACUACUCUGAAAAGAACUAUCGGAGGUUUCUACACAAAGACCGCUGUGAAGGAUUUCGAGUCCAAGAUUGACACGUGCGUUGGUCUGUUCAUGAGUAAACUCGGAGAACACGUCGGCAGUGAAGCUUUGGAGCUCGACAUGUCGAUGUGGCUUCACUUGUUCGCUUAUGACUGUUUGAGCGAGAUCAAUGUCUCAGAGCGGCUCGGUUUUCUUGAGGAAGGAAAAGAUGUUGGGGGCAAGAUCGCCUCUGCUGAUCAAAUAUUCUAUUUGGUCGGACUGCUUACUCAGGCACCCGUUCUGCAUUUACUUUAUAAUUUUCUCAGAGAUUUGAAGCCUGCGGAAGAGGCUGAGCCCAUAUUUAGGUUUACUCUUGAUAAAAUCAGGUCCAGGGAGAAAGCAUCCCAAACGCAGAAAGACAUGCUUGAUAAACUGCUCGGGCUUCACCAAGAACAGCCGGACAGACUGUCUAUACGAGAUGUCACCGCUGCUGUCUAUAUAAAUCUAACGGCGGGUCACGACGUGCUUGCGAUUACCCUUCGUGCAAUAUGGUACUACCUGGCCAUCAACCGGAGCAUUCUAAACAAAUUGCGAACCGAGAUAUUCGAGCUGGGUCAUGACCUUUCAUCUCCCGCAGUUCCUUGGGAAAAAGUCUCGAAGUUGCCUUACCUUAACGCCGUGAUACAAGAAGCCUUGAGAAUCCACCCGAAUACGGGGACGAUCAUUGAACGCAAAGCUCCAUCCGAGGGUGUCGUAAUUGAUGGUUACAGCAUACCUGGAGGCACUACUGUGGGCGUCAACGCAUGGGUUCUCCACCGAAACAAAGAUAUCUUCGGUGCUGAUGUUGACAAAUUUCGCCCCGAGCGAUGGUUAGAAGCUAGCGAAGAGAAAAGGCUCGAAAUGAGCCGCUAUCUAUUUUCUUUUGGAGCGGGUGCACAUACUUGCAUUGGAAAGAACAUUGCUAUUAUGAUGAUAACGAAACUGAUGGUUGAGUUUUUCCAACGAUACGAUAUGGCACUCGCACAUCCAGAGAGGAAGUGGAGAGUCCAUGGCAGCUGGGUGACUAAGCAGACAGAGAUGAAUAUGGUUGUUCGAAGUCUGUAG